AUGGGGACGGAUGGCGGGCAUUGUUCAUUUGUGCUUUUGGCCGAGUUUGACAUUCUUGCUGGGGCGCAACUCAAAUACCAGUUCCCUCAGCCGCUUGGAGUCGAUGAAAGUGUUCUUGCUAUGUCUAUGCUCCCGGAUGGAGCAGAGACCCAGCUUGACGACUGGACCGUCUUCUUCCUCAACCAAACCCCAUUCAACACCAUUUCCCCUGUUCUUGCACUCGAUACGCCGGAGGUGAAGACGGCUGCGCUGGCUGGAGAGCUGCAGAACGGGGAAGGUGACAAACCCGAUCUAUUAUGUGUGCUUAACCUGGUCCGUACGAAACAUGACUCGACAUUGGAAAGAGGUGCUAAAGUCCUGGCGUUGGCGAUAUGCACUCGACAUCCAUUCAUCCAAAUAUUCAAGCCUGUUUUGCUGAUGGCACUCGACGAUUACCUGGCGGACCCGUCUCAAGACUGCCUCGCACGUCUUUUUGACGCCGUCAACUCUAUGGAUCUCUCCGGAGCACCCAUCCUAACGCGCAACGAGAAAAUGGUCAUGCGUUACUCGGACCGAAGAGACAUCUUUGCCGAGAAAUUUGCCCAUUUGAGCCCUCAGCACCAACCUUACGGUAAAAGCUCUCAUCAACAUCGUUCAACUCAAUCGGGCGAGUCGUUCUCGAGUUUCGAGGAGGGGAUCUUGAUGAAAAGAGAUCGUGACGAGACCACAAUGGCUGCUGGAGCCGCUGUUUCCCAGUCGUCUCCCUCAGAGGCGUCUUUUUCCCUUGGCGGAAGUUUAGUCUGGGUCGGUGGUGAUGAAGGUGGGCAUGAAACAACAAGCGCAGAGGGUGAGGAGAACGAUAGUGUCCACUCAUUCGUCGGAACAACGGUGGCUGGCUCGAGUUAUCAGCGGCGAAGGUCAACAGAUGCAUCGUCCGGCUCCUCUGCUCAACAUCAUAACGGAACCCUCCGACCUUCCAUGUUGACACCAUCAUUUCAAGACCCUCAUUCCCGACCUGGGCUCGGCAAGGAUACCCAUUUUUAUCAUACCACCGUUGCCUAUAUGGACCACCAAUUACCAAUCAAAAUGCCUCUCUCAACAUUCCCUGAAGAGGUCGGCGAUUACUCCUUAAUAAUGCUCGUCAAGGCUUUCUCGUCAACUGCACAGGUUUCUGGUCCCAUGCAUCCACAUCUCUACACUAAUGGCCCUCAAACGCAUCCCAUAAUCAUACUCUUCAAUGCACUCGUGACUGGCAAGCGCAUUAUCUUCCUCGGCCACAAGAAACCGGCUGGCGAAGUUUCGACUUUCGUUCUUUCUGCUUGUGCGUUGGGCUCAGGGUGUGGUGCUGUUCUGCGGGGCUUUAUUGAACGUGCGUUUCCAUACGCCAACCUAAAUAACAAGGACGAGUGGGAAGCAGUACCCGCAUAUAUUGCUGGAGUGACUAAUCCCAUCUUUAAAACGUCGCCUACUUGGGAUUUACUGCUGGACAUCUCUGUAGGUUCAGUCACCGUAGCAAAGGACAUUUUUACCACUUACCCGGUGACUUCCACCGUGCCUCUGGGCCUCCCGGCGAUCUCUCGUGCCACAACUUUCAAUGCAGAUGCCUCCCUCGGCAGCGAGGAGGAUCUUGCAAAAAAGGACGGCACAAACGUCAAAUCCGCUGACCAUAAUGCAGACAAUAUUUUCCUUGAGGAUAUUAAAGCCGCUAUUGAAUACCAUUAUGGCGAAAAUCAUGUUCGAAUGCGGUUCACUGAAUAUGUACUUCGGUUCGUGCGGCUGGCGUCGCGUUACGAGGAGGACACAAUCGGGUCCACCAAGUUUGGCUACCCCAGUACAGUCUUCGACAAUCGCUUACCGAAUCCGCGAUUGGGGAGCGGCAUGUCGUUUGUUGAUGACACCGCCGGGCGGAGGGAGAUUACCGGUAAUGCACAGCGCAUUGAAGCGUGGAGGAAAACAAACAGCUAUGAAUAUAUUUGUGUGGACUUUCGGAAUGCACAACUCACAGACACGAUUCAAGGGUUCGAUGUCGCUCAUCAAUUGUUCCGGAUACGAAACGCCAAAUACCUCUCCGACGCGGAGAUGAUUGCGAUUAUGCGAGCACUUUCGGACAACGUGAAAAGUUACGAGCAGGUUGUUGAGCUCCUCGCUUACCUUAUGCCGAAUGGCGGAGGUCUGGCCCACCUUGCGUUUGGCUGCUUCCACCAGAGGGACGCGGUACGAGAUGCGACUGUGGACCUGUUCAAUCAGAUCCGCGCUUUCCCGGUUGGCGCAGUGUUUCUGCAGAUGCUGAAUCACUUCCAACGUUAUGCCUACGUGCGACUGGCCCACGCGAAACAGCUUCAGCUCCAACGCCCCAAUGAUCCUGGCUUCCGCGCCGGGAAUGGUGUUUACUAG